AAACAAGAACAAAACAACACAACAAAGUGUGCAAUGCUAUCUGAGGAUGACAUACUGUAUCUUCAGGUAGCACCAGAGGCCCCUGGGGCAAAAAAACUCAUGUGUUGGGACAAGUGCUGCAAUUAUAUGACACACUGGAACAGCCAAACUGCUCUCUGUUCACGCAGAACGCACAACUUUUAUAAACUUCUAGAAAAAGCAGCCAAAUCAGUCAAACUCAUUUUGACUUUGAUUUUUUUUUAAAGACAACAAAAUGAUUCAGCCUGUAGCAACAACGUUGAGGCAUAAGGACAUAUGGCUCCAACGCCUCUCCUGACUCAAUUUAUGGAAACUAAACGAGGAGGAGGUAAAUCCCGCCCCGCCAGCUGGGAGGGGUGAGACAGCUGGACGGAGCUGGACGGAGCUGGACACGCACAGUGCGCAGAGGACACGAGAGGAAAAGUUCGGCGGACGCAGUGGCUGUUUGAUGCUCACGUAAUAAUACGGAAUUUUGACUACACGUCGAAUAGGUUCAAUUUUUGGCAACCGCAUAUUCUACACCAAUACAUCUUUACGGACCAGAGAGAGAGAGAGAGAGAGAAGGAGAGAGAGAGAGAGAAGGAGAGAGAGAAGGAGAGAGAGAGAGAGAAACUUCCAAACUACAAAUCUUCACAUGGACCGGACGUUUAGAUGAAGACAAUGACUCCAAAAGGCACUUGAAGAAACUGUACAAUGAGUGUCCUCCCCCUGCUGUGUCCAGCGCUGUGGCACCCUCUGCUGUGUGACUGAAGAAGGCCAGAAAGGGCAGGCAGGAUGGGAAACACAUUGGAGGAAGGGAUGAAUAUUGUCAUCAUCACCCACUACAACCACUCAGGGAAGUGGGACCGGCCUCGCAGCAGCGGGGCCUGUAAGAUGGCUGUGCUGCUCUUCAUCUGCGUGCUGAUUGUUUUGGAGAACAUCACCGUUCUGCUCGCUCUCUGGAGGAACAAGCGCUUCCACAGCCGCAUGUACUUCCUUAUAGGAAACUUGGCGCUGUCAGACCUGCUGGCUGGUGUGGCCUACAUAGUUAACAUCUUUACCUCAGGACGUAACACCUUCUUCCUGACACCAAUGCAGUGGCUGGCCAGGGAAGGGAGCAUGUUUGUGGCCCUCAGUGCCUCCACAUUCAGCCUUCUGGCCAUUGGGAUUGAGAGGCACAUGACUAUGGUGCGACUGCGUCCAUGUGAGACAGCAGGUCGAGGGAGACUUCUAGCACUAUUGGCGGCCUGCUGGCUCGUGUCAUUGCUGUUCAGUGCCCUGCCCAGCCUGGGGUGGAACUGCCUGAACAAUCUUUCCUCCUGCUCCACAGUGCUGCCCCUUUAUGCAAAGAGUUAUGUGGCUUUUUGCAUCAGUGUCUUCAGUGCGCUGUUGGUAGCUAUAAUCAUUCUCUACAUCAGGAUUUAUCGCCUGGUGACCUCUAGUGGCCGCAGAGUGAGCAGCCGGCCUUCAGAGCACUCACUUGCCCUGCUGCGGACAGUGGUUAUUGUUCUUGGUGUGUUUGUCAUGUGCUGGGCCCCUUUAUUCUUCCUGCUGCUGCUGGAUGUAUAUUGCAGCCCAGUUAAGUGCCCUGUGCUCUAUGAGAUGGACUGGUUCAUCGCACUGGCUGUGCUCAACUCUGCCCUAAACCCCCUGAUAUACACUCUGUCCAGCAGGGAAAUGAGGGCGGCCUUUUUCCGGCUGUUGUGCUGCUGUCAAGCCAGCAUGGAGCCCGCUGGGACUCCUGCGGUGGGUAGCCCCCACCAGGGCACUGUCAUCCCCACAGUGGAGAACAGCAAGACUAGUUUGGGCAGAGUGGGGGGCAGUGGAGCUGGAAAAUCCACGCUGGCUAGAGAAAAGGUUCCUACACCUGUGAACUCUGACAACAAACACAGGGAUCCCUCUGCCACUGCUGUGCCCCAUCCCUCUGGGCCUGCAGACCUGCUCUCAGCUGUGCUUGUGAAGGCGGGCGCGCUGCAAUCCCUCAGCAAGUUCUGAGCAGAAGCACCUUAAUGAAGGAGACAUAGAACUGACAUAGUCCUGCUAUCAGGCGGUUUUUGUUCAUGCACGAUGGCUAGUGUAGCAUGGAUACAGUAAAGUACUGAUAAAACAGCAACACUAUUCCCUUUUUUACCAAAUAAUAUGAUAUUGUAGAUUGGAAUACAAUCAAAUUCAUUUUAAGCCACUAUUUACAGCAACCUACUCACAACACUAGACUAACUGAACAUUUGUGUGAAUUAGUGUUGUGUCUGUCAAUGUGUUUUAUUUAAUCUUCUCAUUAUAAGUAGAAAAGAUCAAGUUAGGGCACUUUUGUACAUGUGCUAUAUGCAAAUACUCUUAAAACAACUGCAUUUUGUAUCACAACUUGACCUGGUAAACUAUUUUCUGUGAAAACAUUUGCCACUUUAAAAUUUAAAAAUAUUUGCUAUAUAUUUUGCUUAGUGUGCAUAAAAACCAUCAUGGUACUAGGACUUGAUCAUCCAUUUUGUUAGGAUUUGACAUGCACUAAAACCUUUAAUCUUGUUGUGUGUUAAUUUGUCAGACUAGUGGCCCUGUGAGGCUGUAAUGCUCAUUACACAUCAGACAGCAAAAUUGCUGGAUAAAUGAAAAAUGGCUAGACAACAUUGCUAUUAUUAGAUUGUUACCACUAGUGGACAGGUUUGUUCAGAUAGUGGUGCUAUACAGGAAAAGUGCUGUUUUACUUAGAGUAAAUAGGUUCAUCUUCUCUACAGUAGCCAUUUUUGGCCAUUUCAGGCUCAACUUUACGAUGGCACAACUGUUUUAUCUUUCAUCAGUCUAAGGUCUACUGUGUCAGCACCAGCUGCACUGUGAGCUGAAUUAGUGCGGCUAAUGACUACACUCAUGGACAUUUUUGCUUCUCAUCAGCACAUUUAGAAACCACUCACAUGUCAGCUAACCACUAGUGAAUAGAAGUGUUGGAUGUGAAUUCUUUAAUGGUGGUAGACUGUAAAUGACUUUUCUGCCUAGGGUGAUGUAUUGUCUCAUAGCACUACAUACUGUAACAAAUAAAAUAAAUCCUAUUCCCUUUUUAUGACAUUUUCAAGUGUCAUGUCGUUAUAUUAAAUCAGUGGCUUGUCUGUUUUCAGCCCCCUUCCUCUCACCCAAGCUCAGUCUCUGUGCUGAGCCUCUGCAGUGUCAUGGAGCAUACAAGUGAGUGAUUUUGUUUGUAUCUUUUGUACCAUAUGAUUGGUAUAUGUUAACGCAUAUCAGCUUGUUAUAGUCAGUGAAGGAACGCUCUGAUUUGCAAUUUUAUAAUUUCCUAUUCAGACAGAAGAAGAGAGACAAAUGCCCUCUGACUUCAUCUGCUCCACUAAUUUAUUAUCUUAAUAGUAAGCUGAUUGAUGCUCUCUUAUUUCUAUCCAUGGGAAAACCUGGGUCAGGCAGUGAUGAAUAAUGCAGAGAAAUUCUUGAUAUUUAUUUUAACUAGGGGCUUUCAGCUGGGUGAGAUGAGAUACAGCAAGUAGUAGUCAUAAAAUGUAUACUGAAUCAAUCUGACUUUGGGGAGCUUCCUGUUACUGAAAAACACUCUAUACAAUCUUGAGAAGGCUCUAAUAUGCAAAAAUUAUAUAACCAGACUGGCUGAGAUUGUGUGAAAUGUUUUCUUGAGACAUCCUGUCAGUUUCUGUUUGAGUUAAACAAUGAAGGUAUGGGGAUAAUCACAUCACAUAUACAGUAGGUGCAGGGGAUGUUUAAUAAAGAGCUACUGACAGCAUUGUUAAAAGGUUGGCACAGAGUUAUACAUUCUGAGAAAUGUUGACAUACUUUAAGUGGAUAAGUUUGUUUUCUAGAUGUGGAUAACUAAAGACAUUCCAAUCAUGUUUGAACCCAGUAGAUGGGCUGAUAGCAAUGAAAUUUGUUGUUCAUUGCACAGGAGCUGACAGACUGGCAUUUCAUACUCACCUCAGCCAGAGGAUGCAUCUCUGCUCCGCACCUCCAUUUGUGAUGAAAAGGAGGUAAUACCAGCUGAACAUUUCCAUCUGAAAGGUCACUGACUGCUUCCUGUCAGACAUAAUUGAACACUUUCUUUCCUGAAUUGUAGCCUUAUGGAACAUUAGAAAAUGCCACAAUGUUGAGCUGCAUAGCAUCAUUUGCCGUUAGUGAAUCCUCUGCUUCCUCCUCCCUUUCCCUCAUUUUCAUCUUGUUUAUUCAACGUAUUCUUUUCCUCCUUACAAAUAUUAUCUUGAUUCAAAUUGUCAUUAGAUUUGAUUAUAAGAUUUGGGCGUUGUUUUAAAAUCUCUUACAAUAUAAAUAGAGUUACUCCAUAAAAGGUAUUUUUGCACUUUUAGACUUUCACUUUUAGCAUCAUGAGGAAGAGCAAGCAGUGUCCGGUAACGGCAGCUAAUGCAUAGCAGGUGUGCUGUCAAUUCAACAAUUAGGCUUUCUGCUUUGGAAAUACAAAGUGUUUCUAGAAUCCAGUUUUUGCCUCAAAGUUUUAAUCAUUUAAAUCAGGAACUGUGUCUUAUCAAAAGUUUUAUGGCAUGGGAAAAACUUAUAGCAAAGAUGAUAAUAACAAAGCAAUUCAUCAAAUUAUUGACUAAAGUAAAUAUUGUGAUCUCUUCCUUCUUAAUGAAACAUUUUCCAUUAGCCAAUAUAAACCCUUUUUGUUUACAUGACAUUCAAAGCUCUGGGGAGUGGUUAUGUGUUGAUGUUCUUACAGUCUUUCAGUCACUGCAGUGUUUUUGUUAGCUGUUGCUUCCUGACACUACUUAAUGCUGCUGGUUUUAAAUUAAAGCUCAAAAUGGCAACACUGCUUCUGUCCUUCUUGAAAUAACUCCACAUAUAAAGUCAACAAUGCAGCCAGUAACAAACAAUAAAUCACUCUAAAACUAGAGCACUCAGAGACUGCAAACCUCUGCCAAGGCAGAUCCAUUUCCCCAUAAUGCCAUUCCACCUCAAAACAAUAGUCCCAUGAUAAUUUGAUCCUGAUAAUAUGAUUCCUUGACCAUUAAAACCUACCACAUUGAUAUCAUUAUAUCUAUGAUGAUCACAUUGAUAUCAUCAUUAGUUUGAAAGUUAUUCAAGAAAAAUGAUAUUUCAGUAAUGGCCGUUUUCCUCAGGGUCUAGCUCAGUAGCUUUUAAAAAUGUGUCAAAUCUAUUGGCACCAUUUGAUCUAAGUUGUGAGCCUCUAGCUCUGUUUGCUGUCUCACAUUAGUGAGUUUUAUGUGAGCCCUACAAAUUUGAAUAUUCUGGAUCUACUGAUCCAAAAUAUUACUUGGAUUACUUGGAUCCAGAUCAGACUUUUGAUGUGGAUGCAAUCUUGCAAAUUUUGUCUCGACAUUCUAGACCCUGUGUAUGAAGUCAGAGGCCAAAAUACUGAAAAUGAUCCUAUCUCACAAUGGUGACGAAUCUCUUAAAAAAUCCUGGAUCCGGAUGAUGAGUCGGAUCGGUUGUUCCUUGGGCUGUACCCUACUUCAUAACAUUUUCAUCCAAAUCAAUGCAUUACUUUUUGCAUUAUACUGUGAAGAAACUAACCAACAAACAAACAAAUGUUGAUAAAAAUGAUAACUAUGGCUACUGAAAAUGAGACUUAAAGACAAAAUUUUGCACAUCCCACCCGUUGUCAUCCUCACUCUUUUAUUUCAUUACAUUUGCCUUUGUUCCAUGUCUAGAUAAAGCAAAAGCAUCUUAAAUGUGUUCAGUAAAAUGAAUAAAUUCGUUUUCUGUCAAAUCUUCUUUGUAACCAGCUUUGACAGAUUCCUUUUCUCCAAAUAUCUAAAACAAACACCAUUUAAUCGCUGCUUGUGCUAAGUGGGUCAAACACCUUAAUAAAUCAUGUUAACUAAAUAACCAUCACCCGUCUUCUUUGAGGAUUUAGACAUGGUGGAUUUAUGUCAUUCUCUGUGGACAAUGCCUAUUUGCAUAUGACUAAUGUGAACACGAAGGAGAACAAGAGAAUCAUGCCACCCCCUGUCAUUGUGAUCCCAGCUUUAUACUGCUUUGUGGUGAGGAAGAGUAUGCACAUGUGUUUGUGUGUGUGUGUGUGCAUUUUCACACGUCACCUUUUCAUGCAGACAGGCGUGUAUGUGCUGUGUGUGUUUGAAAAUCAGAACAAAGACUCCAUCUGGUCUGAGCCACUGAAUGUGCCAGCAUGAAACACUUCUGUCAUUCUGAAGUCCUUUUUUGAAGCAGCUCAGCGGCCAGGCAGAGACCCGCGAGGGGUCCCAUUUGAAGCAGGCACUCACGCAGGGAGCCCCCAGCUAAAGUCAUUUUCUCCUUUCCGAAUGAGUUGUACCACUUUCACCAGAGGACACACGCAUUCAUCUGGUGAGUGGUGAUUUUCCUCCCCUUCCUCCACCUCAGUGGCUCUGGUUCAUUACAGUGUAAUUACAAGUAGAGCAAAGCGAGUGAACUCCUAGGCAAACUUUGGCAAUAAGAUCCUCAGACAGGAUCAGAGGGUUUUAUCCAGGGAGCAGUUGGGAAGAAACUGUAGGAGCCAGGUCAAAGGUCACUUUGUAGUAGGAAAUCUGAAGGAGCUGGCUGAAAUUUGGAUUGGUGGAUAUUCCUCCCAGCAUUCCUCUUUACACCCCACUGCCAUUAGAUUUAGUGCUGAUCAAGAAGAGUCGAGCCAAGGUUCUGCAGGCAUACUAAAGUCAUUUUAACAUCAAGUACGUCAUUUUAUCACCAUUUUCUUUCUCCUAAGGUACCAAAAUCAUCCUUCCAUUGAUAUCAUAUGGGAGCCCAGAGACUAAUGUGUGCCUUAUAGGGCUCCAACUCAUACUUACUUUCAUCAUAGGUUAAUAUCUCAGUUAUUUGAUUAAUCAUUUGGACUCUGUCUCUUACAGUCUAAUCACCAAGAUGUUCAAUUUCAUAUGAGAUGAAAUUGAAAAGGCAGGGGAAAGAUCAUAUUUCAGAAGCUGAAACCUGCAACCCAAUGAUUAAUCUAUUGUUGAAAUUGUUUUCAAUUUUUCACUAAACUGAAUAAUUGAUUGAGUAAUUGUUAUAUAACUGCAUAAAAAUGAGUCCAGAUCUUAAAUAAAAACUGGUUUCUUCUACCAAAAUCAAGCAUGUUUUUCUCUUAAGGACAGGGAAACCAUUGUGCCAUCAUGUCUGUGCCUGACCCUAGCAAUGACUUGCACUCUCAUGAUACUCAUUCCACCUUAACAAAACUUGAUGUGUUUUUAUUUUUGCUCACCUUUCAUUACAGUAGGUAAAUAUUGGACUCACCAGUGUACACAGUAUGAAAAUGGAACCUGGUCCUCAUUAGAAACAAAGAGGAAAGUACACGGUGCAUUUGUAUAGAUGUCUCAAGCUUCCUCAGCUUAUCUCAUUUCUUCUUAAAUUUGAAACAACUGUUCAUCUGAGCAGAUCUGGACCAGCAAAUUCUUGAUACCACAGUGUUGUAAACAUGAGAAGACUUCUCAGUACUUUGCACCUUGUACAGUAUACACAACAUAGAGUAUACCAGCCUUUGAAUGCUAUCCAAUUAUAACAGAUAGGUGGCAGGGCUGGAUAAGCAAUCUUACAAAUAUUCCCCUCUACCCAAAAUCCCCUGAGAACAGCAGCUGUUUCAUCUCCAGACCAUCUCUGAUUGCAAUCUUCUGGCAGGGCCUGACAGCAUCGACACACCUGCUCACACUGACCUCCAAGCUACCUCCUCCAUGUCUGCCUGCCACAACUGUAAGGAUUAGCAUGUCUGGGAUAGAGGAUAAGCGAGAGGGAGGACGCUGGCCUUUUAGUCUGACAUGCGAAUCCUAUCCCUCACUUGUGGCAUUGAGCAUGUGUGCACAGCUGGUUGAUCCCCUGCCUCUGUGCAUGCAAGCAGCCUGGAGGGUUGUGUUUGUUGUAUGAAAAAGCAAUUAGAGGUGGAAGCUUUACCAGAAGUAGUGAGUAAAAAGCAGGAUUCCUUUUAAAAUUCGAUCCUUCAUGAGAAUCACAGCUUUAGGGAAGUGCAGUAUGAACUCCAUUAUCAGUUUAAAUGAAACCUAUUAACAUCAAGGCUUUUAGUUAGUGAAGUUAUAGCAUACUAGACCGUUUUUAAAAGUUUUGUUUGACCUUUAAUCUCAGGUGGUGGCUUGAGAUUUUUAAAGAGCUCUGGGCAAAAUGGCAAUAUAUAUGCUUUGCCAGUAAUCAUUUUAUACAUUUAGGUUAUCUAUUUUUAAAUAUUUAAUGAUUUAUUUUUAAAAAUGUCUUUAUGGAUAUUUUUUUACACUAGUACACUGUGUGUCUCUACAAGACAAUGAUUAAUUGCCCCUUGUCACAUCCUACAUUUUGACUUGUCACAGUAGAAAAAGCCCAGGUGUUACUUAAAACAUUUACAAUGACUGUUCUAGUCAAAGCCAUGACCAUGUGCUAACCAACAUGAACAUAUGAAGGAUCUUGAAACUGAAGCAGUUAAAUGGAAUCAUCCAUCCAUUCAUUAUUUGUACUCCUUAUUCGUGAACAGGGUUUGGGGGGCUGGGGCUAAUCCCAGCUGACAUUGGGCAAGAGGCAGGGACCACCUUGGACCGGUCACCAGCCUAUCACAGGGCCUACGGGCAACUUAGAGUCGGCAAUCAACCCGUGGGACUGUGGGAGGAAGCUGGAGUACCUGGAGAGAACCCACACAGGUACAGGGAGAACAUGCAGACUCUGCACAGAAAGGACCCAGGUCGGCCCGGAACCUUCUUACUCUGAGGCGAUACUAACCAUUACGCCACUGUGCCACCCUAAAUGGAUUUCAGUCAUCUUUUAUUAUAUUAGCUACAUUUACUUUCCUACUGUGACAUGUCAAAACCUAUAUCCUCACGUUGGACACCUUUGUUUUCAUGUACCUGUAUCAUGUCUCUGUCAGGCCAUGCAUGUGUGCAUGUUCUGUGGUUUCCUAACAUGCUCUCUUGCUCUGUGGUGAUCACAGGUGUUCAUUUCUCUAAGCCUGUCUGAUGGAUCAACAGCUGCUCUCAUUGCAAAGUCACAGCCCCCCCUCCCGAUCUGACAUUACGCAAAUACCGAUUCUAAUAUGACAGCUGCACACACACUGACAUUUCACAAUUGACACAAACCAGAAUCACAGGAUAAUGCCGAGAACACUGUGCUGUUCCUUCCAACCUACACAGAUCUGUUCAUUUUAUAUUAGGCAACCUGUACUCUACUGGAAACCAGCUAACAGAAAUACUGAGAAAAACUGAGACAAUGUAAGAGCUACACAAAAGAAAAAUGGGAGCAUGAUAUCUGUUUGAUUUUUACAUGCUGCAUUGACACUGUUGUUAUUAUUCAUAUCUCUCUCCAGGGAGCCCUGUUUGAAAAAUGGGACUAUGGCAGCCCCCCCUUUCUGUCACUAUCUCCCUCUCUCUCAUAAACACCCACCCACACUUAUUUGGAGUCUCACUGGGGAAGUACAGCCAGGCAGGCGGUGUCUCCCUCCUCCUCCCUCCUGCCGCCAUCAUCUUUGUCCCCCCUCGUCCCAUUUUCUUUCACUCUUUCUCCCCAGCUCAUGAACCAGCUCGUCUCCUCUCUCCGUCACGUGGGUAAUCAGCCUCUGCUAUUUCAUUUGGCUCAGUAAUGAAAGCAAUCCCAGCACUUUACACUGCAGUACAGCCCAAAUAAUGAGGGCUGCCUUACCCCUAUCCUCACCCUCUCCCUCCCAACCCUGCUGUUAAUGGAUGGAGGCAAGCAAAUGUGUGUAUUUGAGUAUGUGAAACAUACAAUCUUGCCAAGUCCUUUAUGCAUCGUUUCCUUCUUUCUCUUCUGAAAAUUCAUCUAUAUUAGU